UGCAUAUGGCCUCUUAGGUCUCCACCAUGGCGUUAAUGGCUGUCCCCUGUCUCAAAAACUAGGGGUGAUGAAGUAUACUUGCCUUUGCUCAGGAAUACUUCUGACUUCUUUCCAAGUUGACACUUGAACCUGUUCCAUGUUGUGUUUGACUUUUAUGACAUCCAUUUGUCAUGUGAGCUGUGUAAAUAUACUGUAGACUAAGUUGAUUUCAUUUUCUUAAGCUGCUUACUUGUAUUGCAUUUGUGAUUGUCAAACAUGUUCACAUUUAUAUUCACCGACCACAUGCAGUCAGGGCCCGGGGACCCCCUCUACCGGCUCCGGCUAAUCUCCCAUUCUGCUGUAAUAUGGGUGGGGCGCAGCGGGGAAGCCCCCGCUCAGCAAGAGUAUAAAGGUGACUGCGCCUUUAAGAAGCAGACCAGGCAGUGCAUGUUGGUUUUAUUCCUCGGCGCACCUUCUGUUCCAUCACCAGCCAAUGCAUCCCGGCAACUUCUAACAGCACCGGACCUGCGGCACAGAUGAGACAACUUGAACCACAACGGUCAUCAUCAUAGACAGGUAAUGGAUCCAGUGUGACUCUUACAGCACCAUCCUGUCCAGCUGGCCUGUCUAACUCUGUAGCUAUGGCAACUUGCGCGAGAGGCUGCGCACCAGCGGUGCGCCUUUGUCAGAGACUGAACCGACUCAAGACACUGGAUGAUGACAUGAUGGCCACGUCGCUGAAACGUUGCCUCUCCACCCUGGACCUGACUCUGAUGGGUGUUGGUGGCAUGGUGGGCUCUGGGCUUUAUGUCCUGACAGGAACAGUGGCCAAAGACAUGACUGGGCCUGCUGUCAUCAUAUCCUUCAUUUUUGCAGGUAUUGCGUCUUUAUUGGCUGCCUUUUGUUAUGCAGAGUUUGGAGCACGCAUUCCCAAAACAGGAUCUGCCUACAUGUUUACCUAUGUUUCUAUGGGAGAGGUCUGGGCUUUUCUCAUUGGUUGGAAUGUGAUUCUGGAGAACAUGAUUGGUGGUGCUGCUGUGGCACGCGCAUGGAGUGGCUAUCUGGACUCCAUUUUUAACCACGCUAUCCAGAACUUCACGGAGACACACAUUAUGCAGUGGAACGUGCCCUUCCUUGCCCAUUACCCUGACCUACUUGCAGCAGGGAUUCUAGUUGUUGCCUCGUUCUUCAUUUCCUUUGGAGUUCAAGUGUCCUCUUACCUCAACCAUAUCUUCUCCACCAUCAGUAUGGGUGUCAUCAUUUUCAUACUGAUUUUUGGCUUUGUGCUGGCUGAACCGGCCAACUGGAGUCAGAGAGAAGGAGGCUUUGCACCUUUCGGGCUGUCUGGAAUACUUGCAGGCUCAGCCACGUGCUUCUACGCAUUUGUGGGCUUCGAUGUAAUCGCAUCCUCAAGUGAGGAGGCAAAGAAUCCACAGAAAGCCGUGCCCAUUGCCACUGCAAUCUCCCUUGGAUUGGCAGCAACAGCUUACAUCCUGGUCUCCGCAGUGCUCACGCUAAUGGUACCCUGGCAUACACUGGACCCCAACUCAGCUCUGGCAGAUGCUUUCUUCCGCCGUGGUUACAGUUGGGCUGGAGUGAUUGUGGCAGUAGGUUCUAUCUGUGCCAUGAACACAGUGCUGCUCUGUAAUCUUUUCUCCCUCCCUCGGAUCGUGUAUGCCAUGGCAGAAGAUGGAUUGUUUUUCUCCAUUUUUGCACGCGUCAAUCCUGUCACCAAAGUCCCUGUCAAUGCUAUACUUGUGUUUGGAAUCCUCAUGGCCAUCAUGGCCCUCAUCUUUGACCUGGAAGCCUUGGUUCAGUUCUUGUCCAUCGGCACGCUCUUGGCGUACACUUUUGUGGCAGCAAGUGUCAUCGUGCUGCGCUUCCAGCCUGAGAAAACCAGCUCCAAGGGAAGCGCUUCCACGUCCCCCAACCCCAAUGCUGAGCCUUCCCCUGCCCCCUCAGAGUCUCAGACCAUAACCGAGGACAGCGGGGAGAUAAAGCAGUACGAGUCCUUCUCUGACAAACUCCAGCUGGUGGAGAGGCAGAAGACGAGAGAGCGGCGUGGGGUGGGACAGCUGAAGGCGUGUUGGGAACCCUACCUGGGUAGGCUGCUGGGGGACUGCGAGCCGGGCGAGGUGGUGACCUUCUGCGUGGUGACUCUGAUAGUGAGCGCAGUGUCCCUCUGUGCUGUGGUGGUAUUUGGUAACAAACAGCUGCAGCUGCCGGUCUGGAGUUUUGCAUUGCUGCUAGUGAUUUUUAGCUUGGCUUUUGUCCUCAGCCUGGCACUCAUAUGGAUUCACGAGCCACAGACCGAAAGCAAAACAUUCCAGGUACCUCUGGUUCCGUUGACUCCAAGUGCUAGUAUCCUCUUUAAUGUAUUCCUCAUGAUGAAGCUCAGCCCUCUAACCUGGAUUCGAUUUACUGUGUGGAUCGCCAUAGGUCUCCUUGUGUAUUUUGGCUAUGGGAUCUGGCACAGUAAAGAGGGCAUGCGGGAGCUGCAGCCCAAAGACAUGGCCGCCCACUACGUGGUGCUACCUAGCGGCAGCCUGGUAGAAACAGUGCAGUCUGUCCAGCCCGAUGGCCAGGUGGACACCACGGCGCACCACAUCAAUGCCUCCACUGCCUCAACAGCUGAGGAGUAUGCAGGAAAGAGAUGAUGUGUGACCAAACACAGUCAUCAUUACAACUGCCUGGUGUUAUCUGAUGUCUCCCACUCAUGCAGUGUACUAUUACUAGUUUACUCUCUGUAUCUCACUCCCUUUAGUGUGUGACUGGCCUGCCACAGUCUGUACUCGUUGCUCUGCAAAUGUAAGCACACCACAGGAUGGGAUGCACGCUCUCUGUCUCGUUGUGAAGCAUAUUUGUAUAUCUUGUAAUACUCGAAUGUACAGUAGAGAGCUUUAUUACUGUCCUGUAAAUUUCUUGCAUCAAACUUGUGUUAUAUCCUUUAAGACCAGCUCUUUUCUUGCAACCUUGCCACUUUGUCAGAAUCCAUGUGCUUGUAGGUUAUAUAUGGUGCUUUCUUUGUGACAAACUGUACUUAAAGUUAUGUAAAAUCACAGAAUGAUUACAUUUUUUUAGAGGUGCUGUAUGUGAGCUACAAAGCCAACAUUAACAUUAACAGCUGUUUACUUACCAAGCCUCAGACAUCGCUGCAUUUACAAGAGGUUAGAAUACACCCUCUGGUGGGCAGUGCUACUUCUUCAUCCUCUCAUGUUUGACUGAGGGCAGACUGGAUGCGACUCACUUGCUGCCAUCAAAUGGGUUCAUUUUUACCAUGUUCAUAUGAAGAGUCCAUAUAAAUGCCCCCUCCUGUGGUGCUCCCAACCUUAGAACUCAAGUUUAUUAGUUCUGACAUGUUUGCUGACAUUUUCAGAAAUAGUGGCAGCCAUGGAAAUUCAUUUUUCAUGGGACUCUAAAUGAAUAUAUUGGAAUUUUAGUCACAUUGAAUUUUUCUUUGUAAUUUUAAGAUACUUUGAAGGAAAAUGCUGAUAUUCCAAAGGGCCUAAUUUUCCCCUCUGCAGUUAUGCCCUUGCAUUUCCUGCAUUACGUUAUCCACCUGCUAGUUUGCUAAAUUGUCUCUGUGACCUCUAGUUACCAACAGUAAUGUCCAUGUUGCCAUUGCUUAGCUGCGGUGUUCUCACAACUCAACCACUUGAACAGAAAGCAUACCUUGUACACGACUUAACCAUGCCAUAAACACAAGCUCACAAGUUCCAUUUGAAGGCAGCAACCAUCACAAAGUGGUAUUAUGAAAUGGGAUGGGAUGGGGCUAGCUGGUUAGCAUGCUAACACCAGUAGAAGAAAAGAAGUGAUAGAAAUAGAGGCAAAACAAUAGUCAAUAUUGGCAUUGCUUUCCACCACUGAUGAUGGUUCUUAGAAUGAAGUUUGAUGCUGAACUCGCCAUGUUUCUUCUAGACUGCUAAGUAAACAGCUAAUGCUAAAUGUUGGCUAUGUAGCGAUAGCAAAAACUUGCAUAUAGCACCUUUAACACAGAUCUGGAGCUGGAAAACCAACAUUCACCAAAACUGUCACUCUGUUGUUACUAAGGUAGAAGAGAUCCCACUGCAUUUUUUGAAAUUAUCAUCUUGAGUACAGUAUGCAUCCAUUUGUUGCAUGUUUUUUUAGUUAAGAAGAGGAAGGCACAGACUUUUGUGAGUUUAUAUUUUCGCCUUUUUCUCAAACCUACUUCUCCUCAAAGCCUUGGGAGAAACUACAGGCUCUAUUAAUGUGUAUCCUCUUCUAGACUGUGCUGCCUAUAGUGGCUUCAGACAAAUUAUUGAAUCCAAUAUGUUCAUAUAUAGUAUGUAUUUAUUUUUCUAUUAUUACUAUUCAUAUUUUUGCUCUUAUAUGGAUGACAUUAGCUUCAUUUUUUUGUGCAUCUCCUGUUCCUGUCGCUGUCGUUUUUGUUUCCGUCUUAUAUGAAUAAGCACUAUGUUUUACAUACCUUGAUUAGUCUCCAUAAGUAAUUUGUGUUCACCUUUUAAUUGGCUAAACGACACUUCAGUGCUUUACUUAAUCUAAAUCUCAUCCCAUGACCCUGUUCUCUUUUGUGUCACUGAUCUUGCACUUGUCCAGGUUUUUCUCACGCACAUUUAGACAGCAACCCUCUCCCCUCACUCCCUGUUGGCAUGAGAUUAUGAGAAAUCAAAGCACAUAGAUUAUAGAGAUUUUGUUGGCUUAUUGUAUUAUUAUAUUAGAAUGUUAGACCUGGGAGGAAAUUAGAUUAUUGGAUAUACAAUAUAAGUCAAGCACAAACCUUCUGAAUGGGACUUUUCACACACAGGGUAAAAUAUUGGUAGGCAGGCAGAGGCUGGUUGUGUUAAACCUGAGAUGGGACUCUGUAAUCCCAGCAGAUUUGCUGCAGUCCCUGUCGCCAGUCUGCAGCUUGACCUAGAUCAGAGAAAGGCACACAUGUGAGACCACUCUCAUAUUAAACAGAUAACAUUCCCACAGCCUACACAGUGUCAAUAAAUGAACACGAGGCGUUAUUUUUUAAUCCCAAAUACAAUAUAAUAAUAAUCUAUCACUUUUUUUCAUUUGAGUUUGUAUUUGCAUGUGUUACAUAAGAAACCAAUGGCCUUAAACAUGUUGUAUUCAGUGCAGAUGGACUUCCAAAGCUAAAGUAGUCUGGGUGGAGUAGUUGUUUAAUUUAUUUGUCUGUUAGAUUAAAAAAAAAAAAGUUGGUUAUACAGGACUUCAAGCUUUUAAUUAUUAAACCAAAACACAAGCAUGGAAGAGAGUGUACAGCAGGAGGCAUUUUGACAUAGUUACAAAAAGGAGUCAGAUUCAAGAGAAUUUUGUACAACUUUGCACACCAUUUUAAAACUGCUGUCUGGUAAUUUUGUGUCACAGUUACGCUUUUGAUGUCGGGGCCAGUGACAGAUAUUCAUACUGUGGUGCUUUUUUAAGCUCAACGUUCUCUCACCUCUUUCUCUGUCUUUUUUGUGCCAGGAAGCACAGUUACAAAUUAUCCAAUUCUUUUCUUACUUCUGAAUAGUAUUAUACUCUGUACUUGCACAUUAAGGUCUCAGAUCUUUCUGUUAUCGUGUAUGUCUCUAUAAAAUGCAGCAACUGUGUAAUAAAUGAAAAAUAAAUGUUUUAAAGCAGCAUUUACAAAAA